AUGACUAAACUUCAAUCUAAUUUCAAAUGGCUAUUGAUCAUAGCUAAAUGUCUUCUUAGUUUAUUAACAAUCGCAAGUCAUGGCAUUGAAUCUGUCAUGUUUCGUAUGGUUCAAUGGUAUGAUUUAUAUAUGUACACACCACUUCAAAUUCAUCUAUCACCAUAUAUGGCUCGUAUUCCACGUUUUGUUCAAAUCGCUGAUAGAACCAUCACAAUAUUCAAUGCGAAUAUCGUUACAUAUUCUCGAACGCUAUUGAUUAUUCCUAUUGCUUGGUGUUUGAAGUAUAAUUAUCCGGUUUGUGCGAGUAUUCUCGUUCUUUUUCAUGACUUUCUCGAUCAUGUUGAUGGAAUUGUGGCUAAAGUACAAAAACGUAUCUAUGGAGAUAAUAUUGAUGAUCCAUUGUUAGGUGGUUUUAUGGAUGCAUUCUGUGAUAAAAUUGUCAAUGUUUUUUGUUUAUGGACAAUUUUACAAGAAACAUACUUUGAAGAAACAUCGUCUCUUCUUUCAAUAUCAUUUGUUCUCCUUUGUUACACUAUCAUCGGAUUAGAGACGGCUAUUGGUGUUGUUCGAGUACAAGAUUAUUUUUAUGCCACAUUGAAGAAAAAUAAAAUUUCGUCACAAGGUUCAACAGCAGCUGCAAUGGAAGGCAAAUUAAAAGAAAAACUCGAAUCGACAGGUCUGGCGUUCUUAUGUUUAUCAACAGGACAUUUAAAACCAUUUUCUCAUUGGUCUGGAAUAUCUGGUAUUAUUUGUUUUACUUUAACAAUUCGAUUGGCAUAUGCAUCAUUGAAGAAAAAAUUAGACGCAAGAGAAAAGAGUGAAAAAAAGAAAACAGUGACAAUCAAAGUUACACCAGACAGUGCUCCAGUACCACCAUCAAUUCCAUCACCAGUGCAGAAAACCAUCGGAGUUCUUAACGCAUUCAAUUUCGACGAUGCCCAAUCGCGUCAUCGAGCUAUGACAAUUGAUUCCAUAACACGAGAAAACGAAAAACGAAAUCGUCCAACCAAUACUCCCAGUCCAUCAUUAUCUCCAUCAGGAAGUAUUUCCAAUGUUACCAGUGGUCGUGUUUCGCCCUCAACUACCAAAGCUUUCUUAAAUCCAUUUGCUGAACAUUCUGAUGAUAAAGAAGAACGAAGCAGCACAGUCUCAUCGAAUGGUCACGAAACCGAAGAACCACCUCGUACUCUUCAACGAAGUACAUCAUUACCAGCUAUCUGGAUUGACGGUCGUGCUGAUAAAGUUUUCACAAUCGGUUGUUUUGAUCUCUUUCACGAAGGUCAUCGUCUUCUACUCCAACGUAUGCGACAAUUCGGGCGAGAAGUGAUUGUCGGUGUACACGAUAGUCGAAGUAUCCAUAAACUCAAAUCUCGAGUACCAGUCGACGGAACAGAAACACGAAUGCUUAAUGUUAAACGUUACGCUGAUCAAGUUUACUGUGUGGCCGGAACAGAUCCAUCAUCCUUUGUCACGUGUAUCGUUCAUUUACGGGAAAAUGAAACCGCACUUUAUGUACGCGGUGAUGAUAUGGCUGAUUUUCCAUCGCGACAUGUCGUCGAAGAGUUAAUGCCAGUCAAAUUUCUUCCUUAUACAAACGGUGUUUCCAGCACCAAACUACGACAAGAGUUGUUUUCGCAUAUUCAAUCAAAUGACUUAGAAUAUUUAGAAAAAAUUAAUUGA